AUGGGCAUGGACGAUCCAGUUGAAAUGAUUCGCGUAUUGCAGCAAAAGAUGGAUGAGAUGCAGCAGCGGCAUGAGGACGAACUAGCCGCCGUGAAGGCCGACUGUGAAGCCCGAAUAGCACAAGAGGUCGGGCGAAUAGCUGAUGGGGAGCAAAGGAAGGACAAAGGGAAGGCAAUAGCGGGGGACCACCCGCCCACUGAGACCGAUUGCGAUAGAACUUGGAGACCUACUGGGUCUGAAGCGGAAGAAAGUAAGGCCAAAUCGGUGCAUGCGGAGAGCGCCGCCGAGGAUGGGCGGAUGGUAGUGAAGUCGGAACCUUCAUCCAUCUUGCUACUACCGUUCACCCAAAAUAUAAUGAACGUCCAAAUCUCGGAGCAAUUUGUGGCUCCGCAAUUUAAAAUGUACAACGGGACAACCGACCCUGCGUCCCACAUCCAAACGUUCUCGAACGCAAUGGCGUUCCGGACGGGUAAUGACGCCAUUUGGUGCCGAGCAUUCUCAUUAUCGUUAGAGGAUGAAGCGCUGGAAUGGUUCAACACCCUCCCUCCUAACUCCAUUGAGAACUUCGCUGGUUUAAAACAGCUGUUCAUUAAACAGUUCGCGGCCAGUAGCGCCCAAGACCUGACUGUGUUCGAGUUGAUGACCCUCAAGCAGGGGAAAGAGGAGACACUGCGGACAUUCAUGGACAGGUACCAGAAGACCGUCCGGCGUGUAAAAAGCCUGACACCUGAGCUCGCCCUGCACUACGUCCUGCCGGCUCUUAAGCCAGGACCAUUCAAGGAUAGCGUUUGCAGGCGAGCACCCAAGACGAUGGAGGAAUUAAGGGAAAGGGCAGCCGACGAAAUAAGGGUGGAGGAGAUGAAACUCUCAUAUAGGAGGGAGAGCCAAGAGGCCAAGGUCGAUAGAGCAGACGGAGGGAAGAAUGGUGCCUCGGCAGGAAGACAGACUGGCCUUAGACACAGAGAGCAAAAGAGAGGAACUCGUUUCCAGCAAUACACUCCCUUGAACGCACCCAGGGAGAAGAUUCUAAGGGAAGCGCUUAGCGCGGACCUAAUCCGCCAACCGGAAGGAUGCCAGACUCCUAAGGGAGCGGAUGGAAGCAAGCACUGCGCUUAUCACAGAAACAUGGGCCACACCACGGAGGAGUGCACGGCCCUCAAGGAUAAAAUAGAGGAGCUUAUCCAGGCGGGAAAGCUCAAGCAAUACGUCCGCGAGGAGCGACCCCCGCAUACGGCCACCCGGUCUACUCAGCGACCGGCAUAUCGUUCGGACAGGCCGAGACCGACAAGGACCGAACGACCUCGAUCAGAGAGGAGACGAAGCCAAAGCCGAAGCCGAAGUCGAGAACGCCCUCUGCGGGGGCACAUCAACACAAUCUCAGGAGGGUUCGCAGGGGGAGAGUCAUCCUCCUCUGCUCGGAAGCGCCACAUACGAGCCCUUCAAUCGGUGAAUGCGGUGGACAAACCGCGGCGGACCAUGCCGCCUAUCACAUUCUCGGAUGAAGAUUUUCAUGCCCCAGAUCCUGACCAGGAUGAUCCGAUGGUCAUAACGGCCGAGAUAGCCAGGUACGGAGUCAGCAAAGUUCUGGUCGACCAGGGGAGCUCGGUCAACAUCUUGUAUUGGAAAACUUUUCAGCAAAUGGACAUCUCAGAGGACCUUGUUGUCCCCUACGAUGGCCAGAUCGUGGGAUUUGCAGGAGAAAGGGUCGAUACCAGGGGGUAUGUGGAAUUGAGGACAAGGCUGGGAACCGGCCGAUCUAGCGAGGAAAAGAGGAUUCGAUACUUGCUAGUCGAGGCUAACACCUCGUACAAUGUAUUGCUCGGACGACCAUGUUUAAAUGCGUUUGGAGCAAUCGUUUCCACGCCCCACCUCACAAUGAAGUAUCCGUCCGAAAAAGGGACUAUAUGUACUGUUCGGGCGGACCAAAAGACGGCCCGAGAGUGCUACGCAGCGGGUUUGAAGUUGCACACCCGGCAGUCAAAACGUAGAGCGAUCGGUUCGGAGGUUGCAAUGGCGGAUCUUGACCCCAGGACGAACACUGAGGACCGGCUGGAACCAAUGGGGGACACCCAGCCUGUUUUAAUAGGAAGGGACCCCGCCCAUACGACAGCCAUCGCCAGAGAAAUGGAUCCCGACCUGGAGAAGGAGUUGAGAGCACUCCUGUGGACCAAUAGGGAUCUAUUCGCGUGGACGGCGGCCGAUAUGCCGGGUAUCCAUCCUGCCGUCAUGACCCACAAGCUUUCGCUUUUUAGGGAUGCCCGCCCGGUCGCGCAGAAGAAGCGGAGGAUGGGCGACGAAAAACGACAGGCCGUGCAGGAGGAGGUGAGGAAACUGAAGGAGGCUGGGUUUGUCCGAGAAGUUACAUAUACUACGUGGUUGGCUAACGUAGUGAUGGUGAAGAAAGCAAGUGGGAAGUGGCACAUGUGUACAGAUUACACGGACUUAAACAAGGCUUGUCCAAAAGACUCCCACCCCUUGCCUAGCAUAGAUGCCCUGGUGGACGGGGCUUCUGGACACCGAGUGUUAAGUUUCUUAGAUGCUUAUUCCGGGUAUAACCAAAUACCCAUGUACGGGCCGGACGUUGAAAAGACGACCUUCAUCACGGAGAAAGCAAACUUCUGCUAUGAAGUGAUGCCAUUCGGCCUGAAAAACGCUGGCGCGACGUACCAACGCUUGAUGGACCGCAUCUUUUGGGAGCAGAUAGGCCGGUGUAUGGACGUUUAUGUAGACGAUAUGGUAGUCCGGUCCUCGGCCGGGAUAGAGCAUAUUAGAGACCUGGAGGAGGUGUUCCGCCAGGUGCGGAAGUUCGGUAUGCGUCUAAACCCCGCCAAAUGUACAUUUGGGGUAGCGGCAGGGAAAUUCUUGGGCUUCAUGUUGACAUCCCGAGGGAUCGAAGCCAACCCGGACAAAUGUGGAGCGGUACUUCAGAUGCAGAGUCCCGCCACGCUCAAAGAAAUCCAGAGAUUAAUUGGACGUCUCACCGCUUUGUCACGAUUUAUCCCCAAGCUGGCGGAAAGAGUGAGACCAAUUUUGCGAAAGAUGAAAAAGGGGGCUGGCCCCGUAUGGGAUGACGAGUGCGAGCGGGCUUUCCAAGAUGUGAAAACUAUCCUCGUCAACCCGCCGGUCAUGAACCGCCCGGGGGCAGGAGCAGACUUACACGUUUUCCUGGGAGUAUCAGAAACGGCCAUUAGCGCCGUAUUGGUGCAAGAGCAGCCUCAGCCGAGGCUAGUGUAUUUCAUUAGCCGAACGCUUCUAGACGCCGAAACUCGCUACCAUAGGGUAGAGAAGGUGGCAUUAGCUUUGCUAAACGCGUCCCGGAGACUCCGCCCCUAUUUCCAAAGUCAUCAGGUGAUAAUCAGGACCGACUUUCCCAUCUCCAAGAUCUUGAGAAAGCCGGAUUUGGCUGGACGAAUGGUUGCUUGGGCGGUGGAGCUUUCGGAGUUUGGACUGCGUUAUGAACCCAGAGGGUCGAUCAAAGGCCAACACUUAGCAGAUUUUGCAGCAGAACUACCCCCCUCCAAUCAAGAUGAAUGGAGGUUAUACGUUGACGGGGCCUCCGGCCAAUCGGCCAGUGGGGCCGGCAUCGUCCUUGAAGGUCCCAAUGGGUUCUUACUCGAACACUCCCUGAUAUUCAAAUUCAAAGUCUCCAAUAAUCAAGCCGAAUAUGAGGCCUUAGUGGCCGGCCUCAAACUCGCAAAAGAUAUGGGCGCCAGGAGGGUUACUUGCCACACGGAUUCUGAGCUAGUGGUUGGCCAGAUGAACGGCAAUUUCCAGGUCCGGGAGGAGCGACUACUGCCUUACUUCCAGCAGGCAACUGAGCUCGUAAAAAACUUCGACAAAAUUGCAAUACAACACAUACCCCGGGAAUAG